AUGGCACGCAUCACGGGAUCACGCAUGACUCGAAGUCAGAGUCGGGAAGCAAAUGCAGGGUUUAUGCCAAACAAGGCAUCCUUUGAGCGAAAUUGGUUGACCGGGCUGACUGAGGAGCCAUCCACCCCUUCUCCCGGGUUCAUUGUACCCAGGCAUGUGAUACCAGAGUCGCCGGAGAACCAUGAAGGCCAUACCAAUGUGUCUGGUACCACCCUGGGUCACAAUGAGGUGGAGCGUCACAACGAGGUGGAGCCUGUUGACUCUCAAGUCGCCGAUAAAAUCGCAACUCAUCUGCCGUUCGUUCAACAGCAGGCGACCCUUGUCAUGAGUCUUUUGGUUCGCCCAGAUUUGAACCCGGACAGCCUUGCAGCUGAGUCCAAAAAGAUCGUCGAUUCUAACCACCCGAAUCGCAAACGCUUGAGACGAUCCGUGGAAGGGCUGACUGAUGAAUUGGAAGACUGUCCUCUUUCUCGUGAUGGCAAGUCAUUCUUGGACAUCUCUCAGGCUCGUCGUCUGCUUUCCUCCGUGCAUCUGGAUGGGUCAAUCGCAGAUAUUUACAUGACAAACUGCGCUCUGUUGACCCUCAACAUGUUUCUCCCUAGCAUGGGUACCGAGCCCCAGUCUGAGGUCAUCCAACAGCUGGAUGCCCAGUUCCCCGCAUGUCUCAUGGACAACCUUGCAGACAGUUCUAUGUCAAGGAAAAUUGGGGCGAGUACCACCGCUGAGGCUACCUUCAAUCUUGCAUUGGGUAUCCGCACGCAGUUCUUCAUCAUGGAGUUAGAAAGACGCCAGCAUGAGCAGGACUUCAACCCACUCUCCAUCUUGAGACAGGUUUUUGCUAUGGACCUUGUGUCUAGCGAAGAUGACUCGGAGAGUAUCCCCAGUUCCUUCCGAGGAUUCAACUUGCCGGGUGUCUUACAGGACGAUGAUGGCCAUCUUCCCGAACACCUCCCUGAGAAGUUUCUUAUCGCCGUCGGCGAUAGAUUCAAUGAGCUUCACGAGGAACUUUCUGAGUGGGAUUCCGUUGAUAUUGAUGGUUUGAAAAAGGCAUACAGAUGGCGCUCAUUUGAGCGGGACCUUGCACGUUGGAUCUACGCUCGUGACAGAGAAAUCAAGGACGAUAUCAGACGCUUGUCAGAAAUGGCAGACAAAGUCCAUAAGUCACCCGCCUCUCGUCGUCUUACUUCUGUCCCGGUUGGAACUCCCAGUCGGCGCCAAGUAUCGACAGUGCCUCCCAGUGAUGAAAGCCCUCGUCGGGGGCCCUUGGCCCGAAAGACCCAGUCUCCUCAGAAAGAACGCUUGAUUGACAUGGCACCAGAUGCAGUGAACGCAUCCCAGGCAUCCCAGGCAUCCCAGCCAUCCCAGGCACCUCAGGCUGACAAAAUACCUGAACACAACGCUUCUCGCUCACGCACCACUUCUCAAAACGUUCCUGGACGAACUGUCUCCGACGAAGUCGAACAGGUGGCAGCAAAAGAUCCAAGUCGGCGCAAGUCCAAAAGCAACUAUCGAGACCCAGCCUCAUUCGCGGCACUCAUGAGGCGCCAGGCUACUAGUCAGCAGCAACCUGUCUCGGUUGAAUCGCAAGCCGUAAACAUUUCUACGAACACAAGUAUUGUGGCCCAAGCGAUUAAUCCUGGCCCUUCUGUUGGUGGCAGAGUUGAACCUCCUGAAAUUCAACAAUCCCCCGAGCUGAGAUACGCAGACAUCGGGGAUGACUCUACAUACGUAAAUAAUGACGAAGAGCUGGACCUCGGCAAUGACCCAGAGACUGAUGUUAUCACAUCGACAAGCCCCCCGAGCUCGGCUAGAAUUAGUCGGGUCAGCCACAAUCCUACUCCUCUGUUCUUUGAUUCGCCCAGGGAUGAAAACACACAGCGAUCGGUUCCGGUCGCUCGGCGCUUCCUCGAUAAGCAGACUAACGCUGGAGUUGUGUCGCCGAUCAGCCAAUUUGACACUCAAAGUGCGACUGUACUGGGGAAGCGUAAUCGGAAUGUUGAUGAUCUGGAUAACGACUCAAGCGACGAGUCAGACAAUGAAUUCGAGACGAACAAUCAGGAUGUCGAGCCUAUGCGUCGGGUGGAAAAGCCUGCCUCGAAGCGACAGCGCCCCCAGGAUAAUGGGGGCUCUACCUCAGCACAGUUGCAAGAGGAGAUUAAUAGAUCGUUCGACCACCAGUCUAACUCAGCACAGCUUUCUCAACGGGUCCAGAGAGCUGACAGUGAGGAUGUCACCGAUGAAGAGACUGCCGCUGAACAGCACGAACCGCCCUCUAGUACCCAGAGUCGUUGGGCAGCCUCAAAUUCCCAGGCUGCGAUGAUCAACCGGGCAGUUUCGAAGGCCAGCUACAGGUGGACUGAGGAAGAAGAUGAACGUUUGCUUCACCUUAUGGGAAUCUUUGGCACUGCCUAUGCCGCAAUCAAGAAGCAAGACAACGCUUGUCCUGCAUCUGAGGGUGGCCCCAUGCUUGAGCGUCGUUCUCAGGUCAAUUGUAAAGAUCGUGCUCGCAAUUUGAAGAGGAAGUACAUCAGAGAAGGUCGACCGCUUCCGCCGAACUUGGAUAAAGCACCAGGUUAA